AUGAAUCCGUUUAAUAAUUUUGAUGAAAUUGAUUUUCGUAAUGCCCAAUUACCAGAAGCAAUUAAUGGUCAAACGAUUGAAUUAUUAAAAAGCAAAAAAGAAAUAAAACCAGUUGUUCAAAGCCCAAAUCAACAGAAACGAGAUAUAAACACACUUGCCAAACAAAAAGGGAUGACAGAAGAAUGUCAACGAAUGGCGUUUUUAAUUGGACUAUUAAAUUACCGAGGAGUUGGACUUAUUAUAGCAAGAAGAUCUAAAAAAGCUGAAAAAGCAUUACAAUAUAUUGAGGUUGUAGGUCUUUUUGGAAUUAUAGAAGUAAGUCAUAAACAAUUACUUGAAAGAGUACAAAAAGAAGAAACAGAAUAUUCAAGGUUAAAUAUAAGAAGUUAUAAUGAAAGGUACCAUCGAAAAAAUAUAUUUGCUGUGACAUAUAAUUAUUUAUUACAACUUGCUAUUCGUUUAUAUGAUGGAAGUCUUCAAUUUGAAAUAAAAAAGACUAAAUCUACAAAAGUAACAAUUAAAAUGAAAAAAUUUAUUUCAGUUACUUUAAAAAACAAAAAUUAUUCUUCUCAAGAAAUACUAAUUAUUGGAGAUAGAAUUUAUAAAAUCAUUUCAGAGUUAAUGAAUUCCUCUUCAAUCCAAAAUACCACUUCAAAAGUUUUUAAAAUUGAACCUAAAUUUAUUCCUUUUCAAUAUGAAAUGUCAUUCAAUUCCAUCUACCUUAAGAAGUACUCAAUCAGUCACUCCUCAACCGAAUAA